AUGGCGAAAGGAAGACCAGGAACGUACGCGCAUAGUCGUCGUCGUCGUGGAACUGUCGUGAACAGCAGUCAGACGAUGGAGGAGAUAAACUUUUUCCAAAAACUUCCACUGGAGUUGGUUCAUAUGAUUUUGGACAACCUAUCAGUGCUGGAGGUCAGUAAGCUCUGUUUAGCGUCCACACAAAUGAAUAGAUGUGUGGUGGACUAUAUCAGCACUCACGCCUGGAAAAACAAAAUGAUGCACCAUAGCUACCAUUACAUCAGUUGCCCUGAGCAGGAAUGUUUGAGUGGACAUUUCAGAGACCUGGGUGUAUUGUUCAAACGUUGUACAAUGCUGCUACCUACAAAGGAAAGGCUGAAAUGUGUCAUGUACACGUUUUCACAGGUUCCAUGCUUCUUACAGGAUAGUUGCUCACAGCCAAAUUGCAUUGGUUUCUUUAGAUAUGGAAUUUUUUUGCAGACCCUAAUUGCUGGGUGGGAUGAUCUGGAGUGCCAAAAAGUAUUCUCCUUUUUGUGUGAAGUCACCAAUUUGCUCCGUAAAAUUGAGGCAGUCACUACCAAUGGGAAACCUGGGCUGAAAUGCAAUGAAGAGCUAGAGCUUCGCUACUUCUGCCGUAAGGUUUUGCUGGACUUGUCACCGCACCCAUCAGAAUGUCGAUUUUGGCUCCUGCAGCUCCUGAGGCCCUGGCCUUUGGUCAGCCAGGCACACCUACUGUUAAUCCUAUAUGGACCACAACUGGCUACAGGCCCCAUCAGUUGGCAGGAUCUCGUGGAAGAGGUGCUGCCUCGGAAUGCUUUGGUUGACCUGGCCAAGUCCAUCAUUUUGGUCUUCAACAACCCCCAAAAUAAAAAAUCUUCCAUACAAUCAACCCUGGCCAUCUUCGAAGAGAUCACUGUAAUUCCUCAGGAAUGGCACGUGCAUAAUAUUGCUCGUCUCUUGGUGCUAUGUGGCCAUAAACUGUGCUACAUUAUCUUGGCCAACAAGGUCCAAUCUGGACAGAUCACAUCUGUUGCCACAAUAAUUGUCUUCAUUAUUCUGGUGUUUGAAAAGGACUACAAUAAAAUGAAUUGGGUGGUGAAUUUGGUGAAGCAGCUGCACAGGAGCUUCAGCAUAUCUGGGCAAAAGCUCACCUUCAUUCGCCUUCUGGAGUACAAGUGCUCAGACGUUAUGGCUCAGUAUCUUUCCACGUACGCAAAUGGAAACCGUGAUGAAAAUGGGGAAACUUUAUUGACCGCGAGUCAACUCUUGACUGCCAUUGGAAGAUUUCAUGCAAAUAUCCUGGAAGGGUUGCUUGAAUAA